CGCAGUAUCAUCCGACAUCCGUGUAUGAAAAACCAAAAAAGUGCUACAGCGGAUAGAAUAAUAAGUUGCACCCACCAGGCCACCACAAAGUCACAGAAAGAAAAAGAAAGAGAGUAAGAGAGAGUUGGCGCCAAGUACACCUCAAACAAUUAUUGAAUCAUACAAAUUCAUACGGAGUAGUACUUCGUAUUGCAAGAUCUUUCUAAAGAUGGUUACUUUGAUGUCAUAUGCUUUUAAUUCUCAAGCAUUGAGUUUCCCCCCUCAAUUUUCUCUUCAUGCAACUCACACUGUUCCUCAUCAUCUUUGUUUCUCUCUCCUCAAGCUCACUUCUUCUGGGUUUAUCGGUGAAAAACGAGCUUUAUUCUGGCGAAUCUCAAUUCAGCAUUCCAGAAAUGUGUUCAUUCUAAGCAAAUCAAGUAGACAAAGUGGGGAUUUUACCGAAACAGGACAUAUCAUCCCAAUUUUUGAAGUUUUGGGUCUUGAUGAGAGAGUAACUCAGGAUAUUCUAGGGCGAAAUCCGAGUUUAGAGCUCUUACCUGUUAAGUUAAUUCGCAGUCGCAUUCAUGGGUUACUGUCAGUUGGGGUGAAUGAGCAUGUAUUAUCUAGGUUGAUUUCCAAAUACCCAGAUGUAUUAACAGCUGAAGAAGUUGGGUUAUUAAUAGAAUUUAUUCAUGAUGGUUUAGAAAACAAGAUUGAAAGUAUUCAGAUUGAGCGCCUUUUGAUGGGGAUAGAGCCUAGGUUUAUUGGUGGCUUUGAUAAAAAGGUUAAUUUGCUGAUACAAAAUGGUAUUCCUCAAGAAAAGAUUGCUCAUAUUCUCAAUAAUGUUAACCUUAGCAAGGCUAUUUGCCUCAAGUCAUGUGAAGAAAUUCAGAGAUUGUUGUCAUUUUUGAGCCGUUUUGAUGCUGUGGGUAUACUUGCUAAGCGCCCUGUGAUUCUCAACUAUGAUUUGGAUACUCAGUUAGUUCCGCGAAUUGGGUUUCUUCAAAGGCUUAGUGGAGGAGAUACAGAUGCUGUAGGAGAAGUAUUGAAUAGACUUCCUGCUAUUAUAACAUACAGUGUGGAGCAUCUGCAAAGUCAAGUGGAGUUUUUCAGAUCAUAUGUUGGGUUAACUGAUAUGGAAAUCUUCAAGAUUGUGCUUGUUUUCCCAAAUGUGAUGAGUGCUAGCAGACAGCGGAAAUUGCAACCCAGAAUUGAUCUUUUGAAGGAAUGUGGAUUGGAUUCGGGUGAGAUUUACAGGUUUUUGAUUAAAGCGCCAUUAUUUCUUGGUCUUUCCUUUGAGAAGAAUCUCUCUCACAAGUUGGCAAUGUUGGUAAAGAUUGGUUAUGCUCAUAGAACGAAGGAUCUUGCUAUGGGAUUAGGAGCUGUGACAAGAACAAGCUCGGAGAAUUUGCAAGAAGUGAUUGAUUUAUUUUUGAGCUAUGGAUUUUCAUCUGAUGAUAUAGUUGCUAUGAGCAAAAAGCAUUUUCAGAUACUGCAAUACAAUCCAAGGUCUCUGGAGAAGAAGAUGGAGUACUUGCUUGAAGAGAUGGAUCGAGAAAUAGGGGAACUUUUAUCUUUUCCUGCAUUUCUGGGGUACAAUCUUGAUAACAGGAUUAAGCAUAGGUAUGAACUGAAGAAGAAGGAUGCAGGUGAUGAAAUGUCUCUGAAUAAGCUCUUGAGUGUUUCCACUAAGAAAUUCUCCAAAACAAAGAAGCAGUUGGCUGAAGUGAGCUGCAGUUUUGGUGAAGAGGGUGCUGACGACAUGCUGUGAAAUGGUGAUUAUUGAUCCUAGAAAUUUAUACCUUCUCCAAUCAUUGUAAAUUAUUGGAGUCUCUUUCUUCUAGCCAGUGGAAACCUCAUUGAGAAAUUUUCUAGGUUAACCCCACAGAAUGAAAGACCUAUGCAAUAUUCUGUUUCGUACAAGAAUGAAGAGAUCGUUUGCCUACUCAUAUCAGUUCAAGACUUCAACCUUAAAUGUUCCAGGUAUCACUAACUGCAGUAACAGGCUUGACCAAUCUAUGUCGCUCAAAGUGUGCACGUCCAUAACUCAGAGAUUUUACAUCUGGCAUAAACUUUUUUACGGCUACCAUACUUACCAAGCUUUAUGAUGCCUCAUAACUUCAUCGCUUUGGUCUUUUGGAAGUUGGGCAGAAAACUCGUGUAAUCCUCUAGUUCUAUAAUCUGGAUUGUUACAUGAGAUGUCUGAUAUUUGUUACUUUAUGUAUUACUCUGGGCUUUGAAUAUUGAAAUAGAGAAACAUUUCUUGUGUUAA